CUCAUAUCUUGACCUCCGAACCAACUGCCAUUGUCAUUGUCAUUUCCAGCUUCAUAAUCCUGCAUUAAACCAUGUCUGUAUUGCAUACUCCCCCAACAUCCCCUUCUAAUUCUCAGACUUCCGGCAAUGGGUUCCGACCCCUCACACUCACUCAGGCAGAUAUUGCAGCUACAAUGUCAAUGGCUGCAUUUCGCAUCCGAGCUACUCAGCUGCAAGGAACACUCAUUUCGGUUGUUCCGAGCCCGGUUGCUCAUAUUCUUUCAGUUGAUUCCCGAGCUCACCUGGAACAUGGUUCCGGACCACUCUUUUCAUCCCACCUAUGCCAGUUUCAAGACGUUGCAGAUCUGGGGGAUCCCUCCCGCAUUUUUCGUAACACCAUCCCGAACGAAUUAUGGCCAUGGGAUCAGGUAUUCGCUAAUUGUGUCUGUCACUACCAGCAUGGCUAUCGUGGCCAGGUGGAUGAAAGCUCGGUUGCAAUGCUGAAGGCACUGAGGUGGAUGAGGGAACGCCUCCUGACAGUGAUUGAGGAUCAACAAGCUGGCAUCCGUGAAAAGAUGGCAGAGAUUCAGAUGUACACCGCCGUCCUAACCAAAUUGAACCCAAGGGACCAGAGUAGUUCUAGUCCUUCAGUUCAGAAUGUUGAAGUCUAAAUU